AUGGGAGUACCGGCGUUUUACCGAUGGUUAGCGGAGAAGUAUCCAUUGAUAGUAUCUGACGUCGUGGAGGAAGAGGCUGUUGAAAUCGAUGGAAUCAAGAUCCCGGUUGAUACUAGUAAACCUAACCCUAACAAUCUCGAAUACGAUAAUCUUUACCUUGACAUGAACGGUAUCAUCCAUCCUUGCUUCCACCCUGAAGAUAGGCCAUCACCGACUACUUUUGAAGAGGUGUUUCAGUGUAUGUUUGACUAUAUCGAUAGGCUUUUCGUUAUGGUACGGCCUAGGAAGCUGCUCUAUAUGGCUAUUGAUGGUGUUGCUCCAAGAGCUAAAAUGAAUCAACAACGAUCUAGACGGUUUAGAUCUGCUAAAGAUGCUUCUGAUGCUGCUGCUGAAGAAGAAAAGCUGCGAGAGGAGUUUGAGAGGGAGGGUAGAAGACUCCCUCCUAAAAUUGACUCUCAAGUGUUUGAUUCUAACGUUAUUACACCUGGGACAGAGUUCAUGGGUGUUCUGUCUAUUGCCCUGCAAUAUUAUGUGCACAUGAGACUUAAUUAUGAUGCUGGUUGGAAAAAUAUUAAGGUUAUCCUAUCAGACGCAAAUGUUCCAGGGGAAGGGGAGCAUAAAAUCAUGUCAUACAUUCGUCUUCAAAGAAAUCUUCCUGGUUUUGACCCUAAUACUCGCCAUUGCUUGUACGGAUUGGACGCUGACCUGAUUAUGUUGGGGUUGGCCACCCAUGAAGUUCAUUUUUCAAUUCUUCGUGAGGUGGUCUUCACUCCUGGCCAGCAGGACAAAUGCUUCUUGUGUGGUCAGAUGGGUCAUAUGGCUUCAGAUUGUGAAGGAAAAGCAAAGAAGAGGGCUGGAGAGUUUGAUGAGAAGGGCGAUGGUUUUGUCAAAAAGCCAUAUCAGUUUCUUCAUAUCUGGAUUCUGAGAGAAUACCUUGAGUUUGAAAUGAGGAUUCCCAACCCACCAUUCGAGAUUGAUCUGGAGCGCAUUGUUGAUGAUUUCAUCUUCAUAUGUUUCUUUGUUGGCAACGAUUUCUUACCACAUAUGCCAACCUUGGAGAUUCGAGAGGGUGCUAUCAACUUGCUAAUGGCUGUUUACAAGAAGGAAUUCAGGUCACUGGACGGUUAUCUAACUGAUGGGUGCAAGCCAAACUUAAGGAGAGUGGAACAGUUUAUCCAGGCUGUAGGAUCAUUCGAAGAUAAGAUAUUUCAGAAGAGAGCCAGGUUAAAUCAGAGGCAAGCGGAAAGAAUAAAGGGCGAUAAAGCUCGGAAAAAAAGAAUGGAUGACGAAGCUCCCACAAUUCUACCAGAGUCUCUUGUUCCGGUUGAAAGAUUUAAUCGUUCUAGACUUGCUUCUGGUCCUGUACCUUCACCAUUUCAGUCUAAUGGUGGAAGGUCUGCUCCUCCUCCUCAAAAAGUUAGACGCACAUCUUCAGGAUCCAGUAUUGGUGCUGCUAUUGUCGACGUCGAGAACAGUCUUGAACCUGACGAAAAUGAGAACAAAGAAGAGUUAAAGACAAAGCUCAAGGAGGUAAUCCGUGAGAAAUCUGAUGCUUUCAACUCCGAUAAUCCUGAAGAGGAUAAGGUGAAGUUAGGGGAACCUGGAUGGAGAGAAAGAUAUUAUGAAGAGAAAUUCUCAGUUACAACCAUUGAAGAGAUGGAGAGACUACGAAAGGAUGUUGUUUUGAAGUACACAGAAGGCCUUUGUUGGGUCAUGCAUUACUACAUGGAAGGUGUUUGCUCUUGGCAGUGGUUUUAUCCUUACCAUUAUGCACCGUUUGCUUCUGAUCUGAAGGAUCUAGGAGAGCUUGAUAUUAAGUUUGAACUAGGGACUCCGUUUAAGCCUUUUAAUCAACUUCUUGGAGUGUUCCCAGCUGCAAGUGCGCAUGCUCUUCCUGAGCGCUAUAGGACCUUGAUGACCGAUCCCAACUCACCCAUCAUUGAUUUUUACCCAACUGAUUUUGAAGUUGAUAUGAAUGGAAAGCGUUAUUCCUGGCAGGGUAUUGCUAAGCUGCCUUUCAUUGAUGAAAAACGCCUUUUAGAAGCUGUUUCCGAAGUCGAAUUCACGUUGACGGAUGAAGAGAAGCGUAGAAACAGCAUGAUGAGUGACAUGCUAUUCAUUGCAACGUCUCAUCGCCUUGCUGAACUCAUCUUUUCGCUUGACAACCAUUGUCGGCAAUUGAAUGAACGGGAGAGGCUAGACUUUAAGGUUAAGAUCAGACCUGAACUCAGUGAUGGUAUGAACGGCUACUUGACUCCCUGUUCAGGGGAGACUCACCCGCCUGUGUUUAGGUCCCCAGUGGAGGAUAUGGAGGACAUCUUGGACAACCAAGUCAUAUGUUGCAUUUACAGACUUCCUGAUGCACAUGAACACAUAACCAGACCUCCUCCUGGUGUCAUCUUCCCUAAUAAGAUUGUGAACAUAGGUGACUUAAAACCCCCACCUGCUCUGUGGCAUGAGGACAAUGGAAGGAGACCGAUGCAUAAUCACAAUACUAAUUAUUACAACAACAACAAUAAUAAUAGUAAUCAUCAAGGGAGGCAUCUUGGAGACGCAGCGCGUCGUCUUGUCAACAGAAACUUAGAUAGGAGAACAGACCGGGAAGGGUAUCAGACAGGAGAUGAUGUACAUACUCAGCAUCAUCAUCAUCAUCAUCAUCAUCAUCCUGGUUACGACUACAACCAACCACCACCGCCUUAUGUUCCCCAAGUUCCUUACCAACAUGGUGGCGGCCAUAUGGCUCCUCCACAUGGCGUGCAAGGCUAUGCUCAGCCACAUCAAGCUCCUUAUCAAAGUCGAGGUGGAUACCAACCUCAUGGGACCAGUGGGAGAUUCCCGUCAGAUCCUUACCCUGUCCAGUCACGUGGAGGCCACCGUGACAGCAGAGGAGGUGGGUAUUCUGGUAACUACAACCAACACCAUCAACAGCAGCAGCUGCAGCAUUGGAAUGGUCAAGGUGGGUCUGAGCAUUAUAACCCAAGAGAGUAUGGUGAUCAGCAUCACCGUCAUCAGCAAGGUGACCGAAGAGGAGGAGGUGGAAGAGAAAGUCAACACCGUGAUCGUUAUUAA